ACAGAUUAUUGUUAUCCCUUUUUUCCCUUUUUUCUGUUGAAUUGUAAGCUAUAUAAAGCCUCAUUUUAGGUGUAAACGUUUAUGUUGAAAUUAAUAACAAACUUCCCCAGUUCUAUACUCUCUCUCUUCUUCCCCAAAUUCUGUGUGGUUAACAAUUGAUUAUAUUCUUGAGAGCUUAUUCUUAUUCUGCAGGUUCUUUGGAUUGAUCAAUACUGAUCCUCAUCUCUUCAUUGAGAUUGGGUCAGUGAGUGUGGUGGGUGUUAGUAAGCUGAUUGUAUCAUUGGUAUCAGAGCCACCGUCUCCUUGGAUCAAUUAUGCCACCAAAAGCAACAACUCGUGGUGAGAGUAGCGACGAAGGCGAUUCUGCUUCUCGAACAGAUCUUCAAAACUUGAGUUAAUCCAGUUGCAUAAAACUUCAGCAUGUUGUAUUCUAUGCAAUCGGGUGACAGGAUGCAGCCAACACGUUCUAGUUUCUGGCGCCAUUCUAAAUGUUGUUGCUGCAUUAUCUGGCUCAGAAGGUUUCUCAGGUUCACGUUUCGCAGCCCAAGCUCGAAGAGGAGAGGUUCAAAGUGUUUGCUGGAAACAUCAGGUGGAGGUAAAUUCAUGAGUCUAGUUUGCUUGCACUUGGGAAGAGAGUUCGUUCCUCAAUGGUGGCUGCUGGAUUUAGAUGUAUUUGGUGCAACUUAGUUUUAAAAUAGUUUUAUAUCCUUAUUUAUAGUUUCAGUUACUACAAAACCAUCAAAUUCUGCAGUUUAAAAGCAUUUUGCGUAUUUGGUGCAACUUAGUUUCAAAAUAGGUGUAUAUUGUGCAAUAAAUUUAUAAAUAGGGGUAUUCUGUGAAUUAUAAACACGACUUAACGGAGGACUAACGGAAGGUCGGUUUAGGGGUAUUUUGUGCAAACUUGGGAAAAAAUAGGGGUAUAUUAUGUGAUUCAAAAGACGCGAGGGUAUUUGGUGCAUUUUUGCAAACCUCGAGGGCAUUUCAUGAAAAACCGUUAGAAAUAUUCAAGUAUGUUGGCACAACAUUUUUUUCGAAAAUAAACCCUAGAUUAGACUAUGUGGGUUUGAAUUUAGAGCAAAUUGAAUCUCUAAUUGUAUGGUGGUCACUUUGCUUUAAAGAUUGAUUUAAGGAACCUAAGGCCGGUUUGUCCAAAAAAAUAUCUUUGUUAAGCGUGAUGUAACCUUUGUAUUUUUUUGUAUUUAGCAUGUGCGGUGAUGAAAGCAAUAAGGCAAAUAAAGCAACAUCACAAUACUAAAUAAAGUGCGGAAUUAGUAAUUAAAUACAAGACCCCCUAGAAAAGGACUAGGGAGUAGGUCCACAUUGCCUAGAAAUGGACUAGGCAAGUAAAGAUGCGGAAUUGAAAGUGCGGAAUUGAAAUUGCGGUAUUGAAAUUGCGGCAUUGAAAUUACGGUAUUGAAAAUGCGGUAUUGAAAGUGCGAUAUUGAAAUUGCAAUAUUGAAAGGUGCAUAAUUGAAAUUUGUACUUGGGCACAUGAGAUUCGAACGCCAAGCGGCUCCUUAAAAUUAAGUGCGCCCGACACGAAUUCAAAGCCAAAAAUCUCAACUUGGGAGAGGUUGCUCAACCCAAAUAUCCUAGAUUUUGCAUGUUAAACUUGAACUUGAAAGCUUGAAUAUUGAAGUUUUAAACUUGAAAUAAUUGAAAUUUGAACUUGAAAUAAUUGAAAUUUGAACUUGAAAUGAUCAUAGUUUAGGGAAAUAACCAUGAACAACCCUAAACAUGGUGGGAUCUUGAAAAUUGAAAACUUGAACUUGUAUAUCGAAAAUGGAGUUUUGAAUCUCAAAAUACUAAACUUUUAAAUGUUAAAAGGUGUCAUCUUUGAUUACCCCAUGUUUUAAGGUGAUUCUAGUCCAAGAGGUGAUUGUAAACAACUUGGACAUCCUCGAAUCUUGAAAAUUUGUAUUUUGUAUUUUGAAAAAGUUUGUAUUUUUGGAAAACAUGUAUGAUUGUUGCAAGUGGUGUUUUUUAAUGAUUAAAAACACCAACUUGCUAAUCAUUUAGAAAUCAAAGCAACAUAGUUUAUUAGAAUGGGAUUCGGAUUUACCUAGUUAGGUUUAGGCAAGAGCUCCCAAUUGCUUUGGAAUUUAGGAAUUUUGUAUGUGUUUUUGAGGAGAUUUUGAGUUGUAUUUUGAGGCGUAAUGUCGAAAUUACGACGUUGUAUUGUUGUUCUCCUCCUCAUUAUGCUGAAAAUGAGGGGUAUUUAUAGAAGGAAUGGGUGCAAGGCGCUAGCACAUGUCAGCGCAGGGCGUUGGACCAGCGCUGGGCGCUGGUGACGUGGCUUGAAUGCCGCCAAAGCAAGGACGGGGAAUCCGUCCUUGUUUCGUCUUGUAGUGUUGCACCUGUUGUACGAAUAGUACUAGGUUUGGAGUUUUGUAUUUUCUUGGAGGUUAAGGCAUCAUUUAGCGUCUAAAAACAAGCCUUUCUCGGGUUUUGAAUUCCGGUUUUACGGGACGGGGCCCUGCAUGCUCGGUUUUGUGGGUCGGCGCCCGAAUUUGACUUGCCUUAUAUGAUUUUGAGUGGAAAAGGCCUAGUAAAACCAAUGGGAUGGUCUACUAGAUGAGUUUGUUCUUGGAUUUUGAAAUUGGAUUUGGAAAGUUGUAUUUUGUACCGAGAACCGAAAGGGAAACGGUCUCGGGGGUUGGAUUUUGGAUCUUGAAUUUUGGAAGCAUUCUUAGCAAUUGGGAUUUCCGCCUGGAGUUAUUCCAAUCACCUAAUAAGGAUAAUGGUAUCGUCAUCAUCCCAAAGGGGAGACACAAAUUAGGUGUCUACAGAAGCCCCCACUUUGACUGAGCGUUCGGUUAGGAAAGCGCAAGUCAAAGUAUUUCGAAAGGGACGGAGAAUGAUCAAGAUGUUCUACAAUCGAGACCACUCUUUUUACGCCGGUACCUGCAUAAAACAGGCGUUAGAAAAAAGGAUAGAGUUUACCUCGGUGCGGUUGGUGAUGACUCCAGUUUGUACUUGUAUUUUUCGGCCUUCAGUUCAGGACGAAGCUUGGCAUCGAAAAUUUUGAAUCUUGAAUUUUUGAAUACCCGGAGUUAAUCCGUUGGGGAUGUGCUUUGCUGGGGAUAAGAGCUUUUUGCUGGCCCUUAAAAUUUGGAAUUUCGACUGACUUUCCCGGAGCUUGGGUCCGUUGGGAGUUGAACGCCUGAGUCGUUGUAUUUUUUGGACUUUGUAUUCUUGAAAUAUGCAUCUGUUUGCACUUGGAGAUACAGGUGUAUACCCGUAUUUUCGAUGGAUGGCCUGAUGCGAUGUUUGAUGCUUGGUGCGGAAGACCGUAGCAGCAAAGGACGUGCAAUCAGCACGGGAGACCGCGCGUUGAAGAUUCGCGGAUGCAGGGGGGCAGCGCUGGGCGCUGGGGCUGCGUGUGGCGCGGGGCUGCACUAUAUAAGUGCCCCUUGCCGUGCCAUUUUGAGGAGCAACAUCUUGCUUUCUUGCUCUCUUUCUCUCUCAAAGGUCGAAUUGUCUUCCCUUGGUCUUGUUCUUGCCUUAUCCAUUAUGCCUCGUCACACUCGGAGGAAGCUCGCCGAAUUGUCGGUAGUUCGAGCUGCUGAGGAGGACGCUUCAGAUGAUGAAGAGGCUGCCAUAAACGCGCCCAACGGGGGUAUGAUUCCCCGGGAUGCGCCUACUUUUAGUGGUACUUGUUGGAGUCCUUCCGACCUGGUGUUUCGGCCAGAGUGGCACUUGUCUCAGCGGCCUCGCGCUGGCAUGGCCGAUGGAAAGCCGUUUCGUACUUCCUGGUCCUUGGUGGAGGUUCAGAGGGCUUUUAAAGCUAUUCGUGCUGAUGAGGAGGCCAUGGAGAUUUGGUCGCAGACGGGCCUGGCCGACUUCUGGCGUACCAUGGGAGGCUCUUCGAGGAGAACGGGGAUCAAACCCCGACUGUGGGCUUUGUCGGAGCGGUGGUGGGAUACCACCAAUACUUUCCACAUGGCAUGGGGGGAGAUCACCAUUACCCCCUUUGAGUUUGCUAAGAUCACGGGUCUUCCUUUUUCUGAGAGGAACGUGACCUUUGAUCCGGAGCUAACGUGGCGCUCUGCCGCUGCCAGGGACUUGCUUGGCCCUGUUGUUGACUUGUCAGAUGACGAUGCCCAUGCUUCUGUGACGGUGAUCGUGGAGGCUAUAUGCGGUGUGGGUGUAUCCGCAGAGCAGAGGGUCAGGCUUUUCCUCCUAGCCUUGGUGAGUAGAGUGAUGGUCCCGAGUAGGAACAGUCGGGUGCACAUCCGGUUCCUGUCCGUUCUGAGGGACUUGAGAGCUGUUUCGAGCUAUAACUGGGGUGGCUUGGCAUAUAGGAUUUUAUUGAUGCAUCCGACUUUGUGAUGGAAGUUGUUCCUCUUUUGAAGAAUCGAUCUCCUUUAGUACCAUGACAUGCACAAUAGGAAAUUGUCGGAUGUAAUUCUCAAUAAUUGUGUUGCAAGUUGGAGUUCACACAUUUUCGUUUCGGGAUGUUAAUUGUAUCACAUAUGUAUCAUAUAUGCCUCAAAAUUUCAACGACCUACAUUGUAAAUGUAUUUAUGGUUAUAUUGUUAUAUUGUAAAUCUAACUUUAUCAAAAAGUUUCUAAUAUUGCGUUUUCAUAAAUUCUUAAUGCUCGUCUUUUACAUGACGUAGUGCAAUAAAGUUUUUAGGAUCGAUUUUUUACGUAAGCUUAUUUACAUAAGAGAUUUUUAUAUCUUGGGGACCAAAGACUAGUAUUUAUAAAACGGAGGUAUUACGUGACAAGAAGGAGGCAAGUAUCUGUACUCCGUAGAAAGCAAUUUCACAUCAAAAACUAAUCAUUCCAACAUCAUCAUAUACUUAAUACUUGGUAAAAUAUAAAAAAGGGUUGAUUAAGUUACAUUUUUAUCUAGGUAAAAGGUCGUGGUCUACGUGUGGUGCUAACCAAAUCUAAGUGGGUCCCAGAAACUAACAUUAAAAUAUCCUAAAAUAAUGAGUUAGUACUGUGGAAACAAACCAAUUGCAUAAAC